AGUCCUCUAAUUAAAAAUUACGUUUCUGAGCUGCCUCCCGCAGGACCCGUUCAAACCGACUGACAGCGCCGAGCUGUUUGGAACUUUUUAGAGCUACAUGAACCACGUGACUGCGUGCCGGCGAGUUCAAAGAGUGUCGUAACUCUCAAUAUAUGGCACUGGUUCCAAACAAACCCCGAGCUGUCAGAAAAGUGAAACCUUUCGAAGAACAAACGUUUUUUAAUGACUUAGACAACAGGACAAGGCCAUAAAGUAAAUAAAUUAGUUUUCAGUUUGCAUAAUAAAAUGAUAAAAAUAAAACUUGGGAAAAGGAAAAUUGACAAACUGAUUGAUAUCAGUAUUCCUGCUGCUGCUCCUGAAUAAAGAAUAAAACAUGACAGUAAAAGCUAAAUUAGUUACAGAACAUAAAUAUAUAAGAGUUGUAAGGGUGAAGCAUGAACUAAUAAUAAUGUUACCAAGCAAGUGACCAUAUGUGUGGACAAGUAAUGCAAGAAUAAAGAGGAGAUAAUACUGAUAGUGACUGAAGACACUAUCACUAUUUUUUUUUUGUACACAUCUCACUGGUGAGUUGUGCUAUUUUUACAAUUGGUCUGUUGGCAACCUCAUUCAGUCCUUUGGGCUUACCUGGUGCCCAUGGGCACCACACUGGUGACCCCUGCUUUAAACAGUGUUCUAAGCAGGGUCAUUUUUAAAGUUUUGUACUGGUCAGUCUUUUAGAAACAAAAUGGUUAACAUUGUGCAUUGGGCUGUACUGGAGACAGUAAUUGUUUAAUGUCAUUAACAAAUAUGCAUGUUCUGUUUACUCUUUGUCUCCUAAGAUAUGUGAAGACUGGGUUGCCACAUGUACUGCCUUGAAUAUUCCACUCUCCAAAAGUGACCACCCAGCAAUGAGGAAGUUUCUUUUUGAAAAUGUAACGAAUGGAGGAGCCAUUCCUGGAUUUCACCAGCUGCAAGAAAAAUACCUAGGCAAUGUUUACCUGAAAGAAAAGGAGGCACUCAGAAAACGUUUAGCCAAAAAGCCUGUUGCAGUCAUAUUUGAUGAGACUCCAGAUGUAGAGGGGAGAUGUGUUCUAAACAUUCUCAUUGCACCCUUGGAAAAGGAUGAAUCUGGGAGAAUACUGGCCUACUUGGCAGACACCGUCUUCCUAGAGCAGUCUCAGUGUCUGUGGUCAAGUGUCUGCAGGAAUAUGACAUAGCAAAUGAGGAUGUCAUUGUUUUUGACACCGACAAUGCAGCCUACAUGAAGAAAGCAUAUACAGCUGCUUUGCAGUCUUUAUUCCCAAACUCACUGCACGUUACGUGCAUGGCCCACAUAAUGAACCUCAUCGGUGAUGCCUUCCGCAGACCUUUUGACCAGCUAAAUGCAUUCAUGCUCAGCUUUUCGCAGAUGUUUUACCAUGCUGGCUCUCGGAAAAGAAGAUACCUCCAGUUCAUGUCAGGAAAACAUCCUACCAGACAAAAGGCAACCAUGGCUCCAAAUCCCUGUGCUACACGGUGGAACUCCUGGUUCAGUGCGGUGCAAUACCACUCAGAGCACUUUAAACUCUACAAGGAGUUCAUAGAGAUGGAAAUAAAGGUGAGUGGCAGCAGUGCACCGCAGUCUGUGGAGAGACUCCAUGAGAUGCUACAGAAUGAAGACAUGGCUCAGUGUCUCCAGGUUCAGCUCAGCAUCAUGGCAGAUAAGUGUGAACGUAUUCUACAGCUACUUGACAUCUUUCAGAGCAGGAAACCUAUAACCACCAAGGUUUUUGACUACUUCGAGGAUCUACAGAUGAACUUUACUGCAAACAAGGAGUUACAGUAUGAAUCCUGUGCUGAGCACUUUGAAGGGCUUGAUGUCCAUCAUGCCACCAAAACACACAUCCUCAACUUAGUGCAUCUAGCGUACAGCAAUGCAGAGGAAAAACUCACGAAGUACAUGUCAGAGGGACAACCUGCCAUCAACUUCCUUCGAGAAGUCAGAGUGUUUGACCCUCGUUACAUUUCAUUCAUGGAGGACAGUGUUUCUGGCUACACACACAUCCCAGGCUUCAGUGCUGUCCCCAAUGAUGAGUUUGAUGCCUACUUCCAACGCCUGGGUCCAGCAGCACUCAAAGCGUCAGCAUGUGGAGUGGUAGAUCUAGAUGUGUUUUGGGAUGGGCUUCUCGAGAGACUUCCUGUCCUCAGUGCCUUAGCCAAACGAUACAAGGAUGUCAUCGUGAACUGCUGAAAGAAGCAACAGCCUUUACAAGCUUGUGCUAUCAAGCAGAAGAAGAUCAAUCACUAACAGCAACCUCAAAGCCUUGGUCUUCUUGUACCACAAUCAGCGACUCACUAGUGGAGUGUUUGAGAGGGAUGAGCUCAAGAUCGAUUGUGGGCCAGACUCUGAGGAUGAAGUGGAGGACAGCUUGGAUACUUAGGAAGUUAGCAUUGAAGAAUGAACUUGUCUUACCAUUCUAAUGAAUGAUUUGAUUGUUGACGUGUUUUAGUCUGCAUUUCAUAUGCUAUGUUGGAAGAACAUCCAGUUGGUUCAUAUUUGUUCACACUGGACAAUGUCAAGUUGAAUUUAAA